UUCGUUUUUACUGUCAGAAAACAUAUUGUUCUAAAAUUCUUCUAAAAUUACUUUUAAAAUGUUUCGAGAAAAAAGAAAUUUCGCGAAUUUUAUGAAUCCAAAUUUUGUUUUUAAAUAAAGCAAAUUUAAAAAUCUCUGGUUUUGUAUAAGAUAGGAAGACCGAUUGGCGAGAAAUAUAAAUUUAAAAACAGUACCAUAUCUGUCAUUCGCUAAAUUGCUCGACAAAAGUAGUGCUAAAUUGGGUAAUUGCGGCGUGUAUAAUCGGAUGAACAGGAAAACAAGAAAAAGGGAAAAUAUACGGCGACAACAAACAACAUAUUUUUUGCAAUUUGGAAGAUUGCCAAAAAACGACAAGAACAAUACAUAAAAAACCAUUUGAACUGCAUUACUAAGCAGAAAAAGUGAAAAGAACAGCUGGCAGAUCGGGUGCGUGGCUGAAACUGAAACAAAAUCAUUUGCUGUUAACUCGGCCCUAAGCAAACAGCUAAGGUGAAUCCGGCCAAAAGCACAAACCACAACAACAAGCCGCAACAAACCGGCAACAGCUGACAGUUAUUGCUUACGUAAGCCACUCGCAAUUACAAACGGCUAAGCAAGUUAACUGCCAAAAUGUCGCAAGUAUCAACCCUUAUUGAUGUGGACAAGCCGCUGUUCGAUCUCAGCACCUUUGCUGGGCGCUUCCAGUAUUUCGCCUGGAUGACGGAUCCUCGGACCGUAAUCGUCUCCAGCGAGCGUCUGCUCGAAGCCAAAGCCAUGAUGGAACGCUACCGGAAAGGUGAUCAAUCGCCGCAGUUGAAACAGGAGGAAGUGUACUACAACAUGAAGCUGUACAACUCCGCAUUCCAUCCGGAUACUGGCGAGCUGCAGAACUUUUGCGGCCGAAUGAGUUUUCAGGUGCCCGGCGGCAUGUUAAUCACGGGCGGCAUGCUGGCCUUCUACCGCACCGUUCCGGCUGUGGUUCUCUGGCAGUUCAUCAAUCAGUCCUUCAAUGCGGUGGUCAAUUACACGAAUCGCAAUGCCAAUUCGCCCACCAGUGUUACGCAGCUGGGCGUGGCAUAUGUAUCGGCCACGACAUCGGCUCUUAUUGCCGCCAUCGGAUGCAAAAACUAUUGGUCGAAGAAAGCUAGUCCGCUUUUCCAAAGAUUUGUGCCCUUCGCGGCUGUGGCGGCGGCCAACUUUGUCAACAUUCCGCUAAUGCGUCAGAAUGAGAUACUUAAUGGCAUUGAGGUGAAAAAUGCGGACGGAGAGAUUGUGGGCCAGAGUAGGUUGGCCGCCAUCAAGGGAAUUGGCGAGGUGGUUGUCUCCAGGAUCGCGAUGGCGGCGCCGGGAAUGCUGGUGCUGCCACUAAUAAUGGAGAGGCUGGAGAAACUGCCUGCUUACCGACGCGUCAAGUGGAUUAACGCUCCCUUCCAGACCCUCAUGGUUGGCUGUUUCCUGUGCUUCAUGGUGCCCACUGCCUGCGCACUGUUUCCGCAACAAUGCUCCCUGGACACCUCCACCAUGCGCACCUUUGAGCCAGAACUGUAUGAGGAGAUCGAGAAGAAAACUAAAGGCAAAGUGCCCGAACAUGUCUACUUCAACAAGGGUCUGUAAGAUCAACUGGAUAUUGGCUUGGGAAGACAAUAAUGUGUUAGUGGUUUUCGUUCUCGUCAUGUUUUUGUAGCAUUUAUUGUAUCAGAUCGCGCAAUGUUGUGCAGUUGUUCCUUGUAUCGUGUCAUAUGUGGUAGUCGCUAAGCUAGAAAGAAUCUCAACUGUACUCAAAAUUAAUGUUCAAACUUUUACUAUUUAAAAAUGAUUUUAAUUAAAAAGAUUGAUUUCAAAAUAACACCUUUUUAACUGAAUUUCAGUUAUAAAACUUGAUCAAAAUUGCCCAAAACAGAAAGCUAAACAUGGCAAAUACUUAAUGUGUUCUAAGCUGUGUUCAGGUCGUUUGGUAAUGCGAAAGGUUUAUAUUUAAAAGUAAUAAUCUAAAGCUGAUAAAAUGCUCAUAUUAUUUUAGACAUUUUCUUAUCAUUGUGAAUUGCUUUUUAUAACAUCAAAAUCCCCAAAAGUAUCAAUAAAAAGAUCUGAACAUUGAACAAUGACGAUAUUUCUCAAGACACAUUUAUUCAAAAUAAAAAUAAAUUCAACGAAAACUGCUUUUUAGAGCCAUUAGACUUACUAACUCGUUAUGUGUUUGAUUUUAGGACUAAUUUACUCACUUGUUUGAAAUAAAUGUUUACAAAAUACCACAAGA